AUGCCCGUGGAUGUGAACCAGUGGAGCGGCCCGCUGAAGCUCCAGGAGGUGGAGGACAAACCCGGCCGGCCUCUGAUCGUCAAAUACGGCUCUGUGGAGAUUGACGAGCUGGGGAAAGUGCUCACGCCGACGCAGGUCCAGAACCGGCCUACGAGCAUCGAAUGGGAGGGAUGUGACCCCGAGAAACUUUACACUUUGGCCCUGACCGACCCUGACGCUCCCAGCAGGGAAAACCCCAAAUUCAGGGAGUGGCAUCAUUUCCUGGUGGUCAACAUGAAAGGAAACGACGUGUCGACUGGCCAUGUUUUGUCCGACUACGUGGGUUCCGGUCCUCCGCAGGGAACAGGUCUUCACCGCUACGUGUGGCUGGUGUACAGCCAGUCGGAGGCGCUGUCGUGCACCAAGCCCGUCCUCACCAACUGCUCCGGCGACGGGCGCGGCAAGUUCAGCGUGCGCAACUUUCGGCGCAAGUAUAAACUGCAAGAGCCCGUGGCCGCCACCUGUUACCAAGCGGAGUGGGACGACUACGUGCCCAAACUCUACAAACAGCUCGCGGGAAAGUCAAAGUAA